GGCGACUUCCCCGCACGCCGCCGCCCCCUGGAGGACGAGGUCAGGAGCGCCCAGCCCUGGGGUUCAAGGGCUCCCACUUGUGCCGGCUGCACCCCGCGGUCCCCGCCCUCAACUGGCUCCCGCCCGCGCGCCCGUCCGCUCCCUCGCUCCUCUGCCCAGCCACAUCCUCCUCUGCCUUCCACCCGAGGGACCAUGUCGAGGCUCAGCUGGGGAUACGCGGAACACAACGGUCCUGUUCAUUGGAAUAAAUUUUUCCCUAUUGCUGAUGGUGAUCAGCAAUCUCCGAUUGAAAUUAAAACCAAAGAAGUGAAAUAUGACUCUUCCCUCCGACCUCUUAGCAUCAAGUAUGAUCCAAGCUCAGCUAAAAUCAUCAGCAAUAGCGGCCAUUCCUUCGUUGUUGACUUUGAUGACACAGAGGACAAGUCAGUUCUACGUGGGGGCCCUCUGGCUGGAAGCUACAGGUUGCGACAGUUUCACCUUCACUGGGGGUCCACUGAUGACCAUGGCUCUGAGCACGUGGUGGAUGGAGUGAAAUACCCUGCAGAGCUCCAUGUCGUCCAUUGGAAUUCAGACAAAUACCCCAGCUUUGUCGAGGCAGCUCAUGAGCCAGAUGGACUAGCUGUCUUGGGAGUGUUUUUACAGAUUGGUGAACAUAAUUCCCAACUGCAAAAGAUUACUGACAUUUUGGAUGCCAUUAAAGAAAAGGGUAAACAAACCCGAUUCACAAAUUUUGACCCAUUAUCUCUAAUUCCACCAUCCCGGGACUACUGGACAUAUCCUGGUUCUCUUACAGUUCCACCUCUUCUCGAGAGUGUCACUUGGAUUAUUUUAAAACAACCUAUAAACAUCAGCUCUCAACAGCUGGCCAAAUUCCGCAAUCUCUUGCAGACUGCUGAGGGGGAAGAAGCAGCUUUUUUGCUGAGCAAUCACCGUCCACCACAGCCCCUGAAGGGCCGCAAAGUGAGAGCCUCUUUCCAUUAAAGGUUGUCACCAGUGGACCACCUCAAACAUGACUGUGGAGAGCCAGCAAAACAAAGCAAACAAAAAUCCCUGCUAAUAGUUUUUUCCUAGAAUCCUAACUUAUGGGUUAUCAUUUACCAUCAGCGUCAAUGCCACAAA